AUGAGUCAAUGUGAUGCAUCUGCAACAUGCUCCGCAUGGUUAUAUCGAGCAUCUGAUAAAAAAUGUCAGUUGCUACCUGUAACAAAUUUCCCGCUAACGGAUGCGGGCUAUAAAAGUGGAUCUUGUAUUAGAAAACAAGUAUCAUAUCCACCAAUAAGUCUCGAAACAUAUAGACAACAAGCAUUAGAUCAACAUAAUUUUUAUCGUAAAAAACAUUGUGUACCUUCUCUAAUAAUAGAUCCAGCAUUGAAUGAUAUAGCACAAACUUAUGCAGAGCAUUUAGCUGACACUCAUGCAUUGGUACAUUGUGGAAAUAAAUUUAACGAUCAGUCGAUGGAAGAAAAUUUAUAUGCGAAAUCUGGUGGAAUAUUAUUAAAUGAUAAUGCUCCACAAUUAACAUCGUCGACAAAUGAUCCUACAACUGGUAUAAAUACUAAUUCAAUAGGGCUUCAAUCAACUCCGUCUCCACCAUCUAUAACUCCUCGUUAA